AUGACGAGUAUCUCAGAACUCAAAGCUGAGGGUGUCGGAGGCCCCUUACAAGUUAGAAUACUACGCAAAUGGAAACACGAUGUCCGCCAAUAUGAGACGUGGUACCUGGCUGUUGACAGAUUUUUAGACAAGUAUCAAAAAGUUCUUGAAAAUGAGUUCUAUAUUGAUGUUGGUCUCAAGUCCAUCAUACAACCAAUUCCAGACACAAUAACAGUUCCAAAAAGUUGGUUUCGCUUCGUAUCAAAGUUAAAUCUGAUACAACUCGGAGAAACACCACCAUACUAUCCAGACUUCAUUGGCGUUCUAUCAAAGAUAAGAGAUUGCACGAAAGCAAAUAGAGAACCAUUUGUGUUGCUUAUACUAACUGAUGAAAGAAUGAAUAACCAAUCCACAAAAAUUCAACCGUGCCUCCCUAGAUCACCCAUCUACAACAACGGUUGUUGCAGUAACAAACCUAAAACCAUCAACAUCCAAUGGAGCAUUACGGCACGACUCAUCACAUGCUACACAUAUCUAUGUCAAUCCAGAUAUACCGGAGACAACAUCACUCAUAACUCUGUAAGACCCUCAAGGCCGAUACCAGCACUAUCACGAACUCCCUCAACCCUAUACAACAUGAAACUGAAAAACAGAUCUGAUCUACUGGAUAAAACAUUCAUAGUAGAAGCUUCAAUCAAGGAAUUUCACUUUCAAAACAGCUGGUACCAAACAACAUGUCCAAUCUGUAAAGAUCCCAUUUUCAGGACAUCAACAACCGACAACAUCUGUUUCAUAAUAAUUGACAUCCAAGAAUCAACAACGCCAUCAGAGACACCUAUCCCAACAACACCAGCCGUACCGCGGAUGACAAGAAUGCGACCAGAUGAUGGAACACCAGAGCCAAGCAGACCUCCUCGCCCUGUGGCACGCACUCUCACCUUCACUCCACCAGGGCCACCACCACCAAAAAAUCAAAAACGAACCACAAAAUAGCAGAUAUCAUCAAACAGCACUAAGAAAUCCAACUUUUGUUUUGGACAAUAUGUUUAUCUUUUGUAACAGGCAUGCUAAACAACUAUCAUAUGUAAUAUAAACAAUAAUAAACAGACACCGUUUGCAUGC